AGCUGCCGCCAUGACCUGGAGCGCCACGGCGCGGGGCGCGCAGCAGCCGGACAACACCGCCUUCAUGCAGCAGCGCCUCCCCGCCUGGCAGCCGCUGCUGUCGGCCAGCAUCGUGCUGCCGCUGUUUUUCUGCGCGGGCCUGGCCUUCAUCGGCCUGGGCCUGGGCCUCUACUACUCCUCCAACGGCAUCACGGAGCUGGGGUACGACUAUAGCGGCUACCCCGGGACCAGCAACUGCACGGUGUGCGCCGAGGCCCCCCAGGGCCGCGCGCCGCCGCCCCGCUGCACCUGUGCCUGGUACUUCACGCUGCCCGAGCUCUUCCAGGGCCCCGUGUAUCUCUACUACGAGCUCACCAACUUCUACCAGAACAACCGGCGCUACGGCGUGUCCCGCGACAACUCGCAGCUGAGUGGGGUGGUCAGCUCGUUGCGCCACCCGGCCAACGAGUGCUUCCCCUACCAGUACAGCGCGGCGGGCCUGCCCAUUGCGCCCUGCGGUGCCAUCGCCAACAGCCUCUUCAAUGACUCCUUCUCGCUGUGGCACCAACGCUGGCCCGGCGGGCCCUACGUGGAGGUGCCCCUGGACCGCACCGGCAUCGCCUGGUGGACCGAUUACCACAUCAAGUUCCGCAACCCGCCCCUGGUGAACGGCAGCCUGGCGCUGGCCUUCCGCGGCACCGCGCCCCCGCCCAACUGGCACCGGCCGGUGUACGAGCUCAGCCCCGACAUCAACAACACCGGCUUCAUCAACCAGGACUUUGUGGUGUGGAUGCGCACGGCCGCGCUGCCCACGUUCCGCAAGCUGUACGCGCGCAUCCGCCAUGGCAACUAUUCAGCCGGGCUGCCCCGAGGCUCCUACCGGGUCAACAUCGCCUACAACUACCCGGUGCGCGCCUUUGAUGGCCAGAAGCGCAUCAUCUUCAGCAACAUCUCGUGGAUGGGAGGCAAGAACCCCUUCCUGGGCAUCGCCUACCUGGUUGUCGGCUCCCUCUGCAUCCUCAUGGGUUUCGUCAUGCUGGUCGUCUACAUUCGCUACCAGGACCAGAACGACGAGGACGAGGACGAGGAGUGAUGCCCCCUUGCUUUCCUGCAAACUUCCUGCUGGCCAAAUUCCAGGCGUGUCCUGCUUUCCCUGGUGGUUGUGGAUAGGGAGGCCAGGGAAAGGAACUUCACUCAAUUGGGGGUACUUACUUGCUCGGGUGUUUGGACUGCAGAGGGAAACAUCCUUGCAAAUUCCCCCCAUGUCCUUCAAGACUUAAUCAAAUUGACAUGUUAGUCUUGAAAAGGCUCUAGCAUUUGAAAGCAGAAGGGACGAUAGAGACUUAACCAACCCUUAUCUGAUGAACAGACUGAGACCUAGGGGUGCUAAAAAUCGCAUUCAAGAUCCGACUGUCAGUCAUUGGACUCGAGAGCCAUUACCACUGCAGUCCAGUGAUUUUCUUUUCUUUUUUGGGGGGAGGGCUGUGCGUGGCAGAGAAAAGCCCACAAGUAGCCUGCUGCUAUCUAGAGGGGUAGGAGAGGAUAUAUUUGUUUAAAACGUGCAUUGACUAGGAGGCAUCACCCCCCAGCAAUUCGAACACACAAGAAAGGCUGGAUCAAGACCUUUGAGGCUGCGUUUAACCAUCUGGAGAUCAUGCCGAUAUUCCCAUCAAUUUGGGAAUCACUGCCCUGAACCAGGGAGCAUUUUAGAUUGUGAAAAUAUGAUCAAUAUAUGUAUGUGGAGUAAUUUUAUUUAGUAUGAAUGUUUGAUUGAGCAGCUCAACAGCCCAACCGUUCUUCAUGUUGGAUAAAAGAAUUCAUUAUUUUUUUUUUAUUGUGUACUUGAGAGCAACCAUGUAUUCUGUCAUUUUUACAGUAUUUAGUCCACUGCUAUAAGACUUUAAAUGAGACUGUGACCUCUAAGGUAUUCUGAUUAAAUCAGUAAAUAUGGCUCCAGGCCCUAUUCUCUGGAUUUUUUAAAGAGAAUAAA